AUGUACUUCCGGAAGCUGCACCGGGCCGCGAAGGAACGUGGCACACUGUUGCGCAAACAAAGGCUCCAGGGAAUGCUCACCCUUGCUCACAAAGCUGCGGCCGAUCACGAUUACAGGGAGCACCACAAGCUUAUUAAUCAGCUUGCGCCGCGGGCGGUGUAUCGGAAGUUUCAGCUUAGGAUAGACGGAAAACUCCUCACUCCUGCCGAGGAAGUGGCCGAAAUGCGUAAGCACUUUGAGAAACUGUACAAAUCCGAGGACGCAACCAACCACCUCCUUGCAGUUGCGUUGACCGAAGACGUCACGGCAUGUCAGCACGAGGUGAAACAGGCCCUCCAGCGUCUGCCGGGAUCCAAAGCCGGACUCCCAGGGUCGUCUCCAGGGGCUGUGUGGCGCAUGUGCUCAGACAUUACCGCGCCAGCCAUUGCCGAGCAUCUCACCCACAGCUGGAGGGCUGGGGAGACCACGGUGUCAGACCAGUGGGUGAUCGCUAAGCUCGCCCUUCUCCUCAAACCUGGGAAACCAGGCACCCUUCCCACACACUAUAGGCCCAUAGGACUUAUCGACGCACUGGGUAAAUCGAUCAUAAGCAUGCUGAUGGACAAAAUCCGAUUUGACGUGACCCAAUACAUCCUUGACACCCCACAAUUUGCGUAUAUCAAGGGUAGGUCGACGCAGGAAGCGCCCAGGCGCGUCUUUCAUCAUUGUAGCAUGGCCAAAGAUCUCAGAAGUCGGAACCGGAGCACCCUGUACAACCGUCGCCUAGGCCGCCGACCAGCACCGCUGGCAGGCGGCCUGCAGAUAUGCAUUGACCUAAGCACCGCGUUCGAUUUGGUACCCCGCCAGGAACUGGCGGAAGCACUGGCAGAAGCCGGCGUCCAGGAGGGCCCUGCCCAACUGCUGUUACACUGGAUAGGGCGCAGCAGGUACCGCAUCACGAUUGAAGAUUGUAGCGCGGAGGUCUGCUCCAGCCGAGGGGUUAAACAGGGGUGCCCGGUGUCGCCACUGCUGUUCGCAGCCUUCACUUCAAUGCUUCUUCGAAGGAUGGACCAGAGACUGGAGAUGGGCUGGACGGCCCGGCAUAUGACCCUGUAUGCCGACGACUUUCAUGCUUCAGGCCUGUUCCACACGCGCCAUGAACUUGAUCGCCUCUGUCAAGGAGUAGGAGUGGUCAUUGCUGUCCUGCGUAAACAUGGGAUGAUCGAUAAUGCCGAAAAAGCCGCUGUCAUCCUCACGGUAGGGGGAACGCAGCGCAAAGCUGCCCUUGCUGAAUUCACAAAGGUGGUCAAAGGCACGCGAUUCCUACGGGUCAGGGCCUCGGGAGAAGACCUCCUCCUACCGAUAGUGGAGAAAACCGUGUACCUAGGAGCAGUGGCAUCAUACCGCAACUUCACCGAGCAAACGCUCCAACACAGACUUGAAUACCACAGCCUCUCGACCUUGCGAUGGCAUAUCACCAAGGUUCACAAGCUCUACAUGCGUAAGGUCCGGUUCAAUCGAGCGCAGCAUGCACUUCAGGGUAUGCCGAUCUGUGCCCUAUGUGGCGUCGCCUUCGCGCGAUGGGAGGUGCUGGAGACCCACGUUACCCAGCAGCGCUGCACUCAGGAACUCCCCACGGAAAGGUUAGACUCCCAGCCCGCCAUGUGCACCGAGGAAACAUCCGUGAAUCAGAAUGCCAGCUCGGCUAAGGAUGCGGUCGCACUCUCGUCAGCUGUGCCCCACCUUUCUCGACCCGAUGAUGACAAGCCUUGCCACCGACAGCAGGAGACACAAAGGCCGACGGGCAUGUCAGUCCCUAAGGUAGACACUCAAGAGGAGAGAAGCGCACCAGCGGUCAUGACCUCGCUUGCACGCCUUACGGAGGCCAUGCAGGUUCUCCGGCUGUCCGGACUCCAGGGACUUAUGAGGGCGGAGUGGAUAAAUGUGGAGCCUUCUCGCCGUGCCUCUACUGUGGACAAGCCAGGGCCCAUCCGAGACAACACCUUGCCACUUGCAUCGCGCUCUGGCAAGCCUGCCUUGUUGCACUACAACAUGGGUAUGAACCCCGCAGCGGCAGACUCGGCGAUGGAGGAGCUCUUCGGUCCGGUGAUGAGGGGCAAGCGCCCAACCACGGCGGAGCCCACGGACACAGCCAACGCGCCAGAGCGCCAGAACAAGGCAAGCAAACCCAACUCAGGUGGGAAAGGAAAGGGCCAUCGCUACGGCAGGGGGAACCGCUCGGGCGGUCAGCAGGGCGGAGAAUCUCAGGGCCAGACGCAUCAGCAGCGAGGACAACAGGGUCAACAGGAGACGCUGAGGCUGGUGACCAGACUUCUAAUGCAUCACCAGGAGGCGAUCUCCACGCUCCGACUCAGCACGGGGUGGGUAUGGUGGCUCAAGAUCCCGGCACCGUCGCCAAUCCCUGCCCUGGUUCAGGCUGCCAAGGUGUGGCGAGAGUCGGUGGUCAAGCCAGACAGCAAGCUCAAGAACACUCCCAUCAGACAGGCCAUGUUCUGGAGUCUGAUAGAAUUCAUCAAGUCCUCGGUCCAAAGCCCGAGCGAGGAGACCCUCAAGACGGUGAAGAGCUCGGGAUGGGCAAACGACGCUGGUCUAUGGAUCUAUCAGAGGUGGUGCCCAGAUCUCAAGGCACUGACGGUGGACACCGCGCGGACCCCCAUCUCUCCGGGAGAGCUCUUGAGGAUCCUCCAGGAAAUUCAAGGGCUUCUCCACCCAGACACAUUGUCACGCUUUCAUGCGCUGCGGGGCCUCGAGGAAGGCAUGGAAGGACAAACAGUCCGAGUGCUCAUGGAUGUCGCGAACCGCUGCUCCGAAGCGAAUCAACUCUUCGAUCUUCUCACGCAGCUCCAAGGAUGUGCCGCCCUGCAAUUGGCGGGGGUUCAGUUCAGGAGAGAGACCAUGCAGCGUCCGCCUACGCUUCAGCAGCUCUUGGAUCGCGUGUACUCCUGA